CAUGAGUUCACCGCCUGCAACGCAUAUAGAGCUCACCGCCAAGGCCGCUCACGAUGCUCACCACCCACGACGUUCAUCACCAUCAGUGCUCACUAGUUCUCAUAGCCAACGGCGCUCGCCGAUCAUGGCGCUCAGCUCCCUUAGUGUUCAUCACCGACGAAGCUCACCAAUCUUGUCCCCCAUGGCGCUCAUUGCCAAUAGCGCUCGCCGACAGCUCUCACCAGUUCUUACCGUCCUCGUCGCUCGUUGGUCUCGCCGCCCAUAUACUCUUCGCCGAUGGCGCUCACUGGUCUCGUCGCCCAUGGAGCUCAUCCUUGACGUUGCUCACCGAUCUCGUUGCCUGUGGUGCUUACCUCCCUCGGCGCUCACCGACGCUCACGGCGCCCACUCGACCACUGACUCUAGCCUUUUCCCUUACGUGGCACCCUUAUUGGGCCAUGACUUGCCACAUGGCGUGUGCGCCUAAACGUGGCACGGAAAUGCAUGACAUGUGACGAGCGGACACAUGAGGGGAUGAUACCUCCUUCGAAACGCGUCGACCCUAACCCACGACUCCGCCGCGUGUCCUCGGUUGUCCCCCGGAUGACUACUAUAAAAGGUGCCUCUCAUCUUCCAAGAAAGGUAAGCAACAAAGGCCCCGACAAACUCCCUUAAAGAGUCUGCUACUACUAGCGACUGGAGCUACCGCUCGCCCAGACACUCCUCUCAUACUCUAAGUCCUUAGCUUCAUUUUUCCCCUCAACUUACCACUCGAUACUGACUUGAGCGUUGGAGGGUGUCCCCGCCAAGAUCGGUCAGCGGGCCUUUUACAGAAGGUGGUGGGAUUCGGCGUCACGAGCGAAGAUUGUGGUGUAAGGUGGUUUGAAGCCUCUCUCGGUGCCUGUAGCAAGAAAUCUGACAUCGACGA